AUGAAACAAGUUUUGAUCUGCGUACUAUUCCUAAGCCAUAUCGUGCACCUACAGUUCGCCCAUAACGAUCGUGCCAUGGACAAUACACGCCGCGUGCGAAGAUCAUCUACCAAUACGAACAGCACAAGUGCGAUGCUGAAGAAAUUUAAGAGCACGGUUCAGAUCGUGCGAAUGGCUGGAAAUAUUCACGAACAUAUGAUUUCCUAUGACAAGAGAGACAACUAUUUGUACAAAAUAGAGGAGAAAACCAGUUUGGUGUGCGUUGCAAAUGUGCGCUUGAAACGUGGCUAUGACAGGAAGCUGUGGGUGGAAGAAGAGAAGACUCAACGAGACAGACAGCGGCAUCGGUCGUUUGGUCCCAUUCAGAAGAUGACGAAGACGCAGACCUCAAGUAUUUUUGGCAGGAUUCUUGCCAAUUUACCGCUGUAUGCCUCGUUGAUGGUGCUCCUUGGCACAUACCUUUACACACAACUACGUUCUAACUAG